CAGUUCACAACAGGGCAGUUGGACAGUGGAGCAUGGAGUGAUCAAUGUCAUUGUUAUCUUUAUGGCAAAGAGGACAGGAACUGGGAAGGGCUGCCGUGAAACGGCAUAGGUUUUUAGGGAAAGGAAGGGCACUGUUUAAGAGUCUCCACAAGAAGAUCUUGAUUUUUGGGAUGUUUGAGCUGUGCCAAAUGUAUUUACAGGAUAAUAGGUUUGUCCCACUUCCCUGGACCAUGUUGAAAGCACUCUUGAGGCUGAAGUUUCCUCCUUCCCAAAGCAAGCCUGAACUAGUGGUGGUGGUAUGGGAUGUUGCCAGAUCAUUACAUCUGCAAAUCCUUUUCCAUGUUGGAGAGUCAGUGAUCCUUUCCUUCAUGAUUCCUGUUUUCAUAUACCUGGCUCUCACAUAGGGCCCCCAUAUCCCAAUGUCAUUUCUUGCCUUCCACCAAAGUUUAAGGGUGUAUGCUUGUUGUAGGUCCUUUAAGCUUUUGAUCCCCAACCCUCCCUCUACCUCAGGUGGAGCCGGGGGUCUCUUAGAAACAGCAUCCCUACUUCGAACUAACUUUGCUGGUUUUGAUAAUGCCAAACCGCCGUGAUCAAGUCAAACUUUGAAUAUACAAGGCGAAGAAGGAAGACAAGAACAAGAGCUAAAAGAAGACCAAGAACGAAGACCUUAGUCUUAGUGUCGUUGAGUCGGUCUUCAUUGUGAUCAAGACCGACCCAACCUUUACACCUUGGCUCUUUAGGCUAAAACCCUUCAUUGCAUUUCUUAAAUCAUAAAAAUGUUUUUCAAACAAGUUUAAAUCAUCAAAAACACUUGGUGUUCGCCCAAACCAAAAACCAAGUCAUCCGGCGUUCGGGUUUCAGAAACCGGCGUUCGGCUCUCGGUUAUCGGCUAUGGUUUUUGGGGUCCGAACCAACCAAGUGGUUUUCAACUUUUUAUGAUUGGUUUUCACUCUUUGGCAUGUUUAAACGGUUCUCCAACAAAAACACCUUGAAAACCAUCUUUCGCUUUUGGUCGUUUGACAAAAAUCAUUCAAAACGGCAUAAACUUGGCUAGCCGUG